CCGGAUGUGACGUCACGCCGCAGAGGCUUAUGGGGGAGACUAAUGGCGUCAGAAGCGAAAACGUGUCGACGGCUCCCGGAGGUAACGCGUCUCUAAAUGGCUGUGAUGAAUUAAAUGUUGUGUUAUUUGAAGUCGGCGAAGAGGCAAACAUGGGCGACAGGCGUUACAUUUGCUCGUUCGCGGGCUGCGCGGCGGCCUACAACAAGCAGUGGAAGCUGGACGCGCACCUCUGCAAGCACACCGGCGUCAAGCCGCACGCGUGUCCGCACGCCGGCUGCGGGAAAGCCUUCUGCAGCGCCUCCCACCUCGCCCGCCACCAGCUCCGCCACAGCGGCCUGCGCCCCUUCCCCUGCGCGGUGGACGGCUGCGCGCAGGCCUUCACCACCAACUCCAACCGGGCCCGGCACGUCGGCCGCGCCCACGCCGGCGACCCCAAGCGGUACCGCUGCGAGGCGGACGGCUGCGGCCUGGCGUUCCGCAAGCACAAGCAGCUCAAGUCGCACAUGAGCGAGCGCCACACGCGCGCGCCCGCCUACCCGUGCGCGCACCCUGGCUGCGGCAUGCGCUUUACCUUUCCCAGCACGCUCAAGCGCCACAUGAAGGUGCACCGGGGCUACCCCUGCGCCCGGGAGGGGUGCGCCUUCACGGGCGCCACCUGGACGGAGUACCUGAAGCACAGGAGGGAGCAGCACCGGCCGGCGGUCGCCUGCGAGCACUGCGGCAAGGUCUUCAAGGACUCCUGGUUCUUGGAGCAGCACCGGAGGGUCCACUCGGACACCCGGCUGGUGUUCAAGUGUCCCCGGGAGGCCUGCGAGCGCUCCUUCACCACCACCUUCAACCUGCAGAGCCACAUCCGGGCCUUCCACGACGAGCUGCGGCCCUUCGCCUGCGGCCACCCGGGCUGCGGCCGGGCCUUCGCCAUGAAGCAGAGCCUCCGGCGGCACCGCGUGGUCCACGACCCGGACAGGAAGAGGAUGCCCCGGCCCAAAAGGUCGCUGACCUCCCGGCUGAGCGGCUGCAGCGACAAGGUGGCCGGCGUGUGCGGGAACGGCCCCGGUCCCGUGGAGCUGGUCUCUCUGCUGCAGGACACGUCCCUGCUGGGUGGUCCCGCUGUGGACCCCCAAGGACUCUCAGUGGCCCUCACAGCACCCCUCACUCUGUAAAUGGAAAGGACUUGUCAAGUAAUUCAAUAUUACCUUAUUUUUCGGAGUAUAAGUCGCACCGGCCGAAAAUGCAUAAUAAAGAAGGAAUAAAAACAUAUAAGUCGCAUUUUUGGGGGAAAUGUAUUUGAUCAAAUCCAACACCAAGAAUAGACAUUUGAAAGAUGAUUGCUGAUGAAUGGGAUAAAUAAUAUUUGAUAUUUUACGGUAAUGUGUUGUAAUUUCACACAUAAAUCGCACCCCCGGCCAAUCUAUGAAAAAAACUGCGAUUUAUAAUCCGAAGAAUACGGUAAAUUGUUUUUUUUCCUUACAAUUAAGGAAAUCAUGUGCUAAAAAUAAAUGCGCAAUGACAAUAAAAGCCUACAUUUAC